AUGUCUGUCGCCGCGUCCACGUCCGCCUUCACCGGUAAGGCCAUCGCCCAAAAGAUCACCACCUCGAAGUCCGUCAAGGCGAACACGGUCGUCAAGGCCUCGGCGAACAAGGCUGUGUCCCUCGCCGCCGUCACGGCGGUCGUCUUGAGCGCGACCCCGGCCGCGUUCGCGGCGACGGGCAUCGAGCUCACGGACAAGCGCGUGGAGAACCAAACCGGGUUGCAGCUCAUCUACGAGGCUCGUGACUUGGAAUUGGACCAAAAGCCGCGAUCCGAUGGCCCGUCCCGCUUCUCUUUCCAAAAGCUUUCGCAAAAGGAAACCGCGGCGCGCGCGACGGAGUCUGUGACUCGCAUCAACAAGGAUGUUGGUGAGUACGUCGGCAAGAAGUACUGGACCCAAGCGUCCAACGAGCUUCGCCGCCAAGUCGGUACCCUCCGCUUCGACAUCAACAACCUCGUCGAAAUCAAGGGUGCGGACGCCGCGCAAGCCAAGGCCUUCUACAAGAAGCUCGAAAACCUCGACUUCUCCAUCCGCCAAAAGGACCAAGAAGCCGCCACCGCGCUUCUUGCUGAUGUCCAAGAGACCGCCAGCGCCCUCCUCGCCUCCCUCGCGUAA